AUACCAAAAGCCACUGCAUCCAAUAAGUCGUUACUUCGAAUAACAGAAACAAACUCUGUUCUAAAAAAAACAGCUAAACAAUGGCAUAUGGCAAACAAAAAUUGGGGACAGUCAACGCACCCGUAGAUGUCCAAGAUGUUGAAGCCAAUGAAACACAAGCUGCUCACAACCAAUUUCCUCCUCCCAGCGAAUUGAUUGAACGCGAGCGGUCCGCUUACUCGCUGGAUGGCAGAUCCUUGAUUGUUCCAGACUAUGGAGAUGUUGAUGAUAUGAGUAGUCUCGGGACUUCCAAAUAUACCUACCGCGGAGAUGUCAAUAAUGCUGAGUACAUUGGAGAUAUGAGGAUAGUCGGAAAKGGGGACCACAAGGAAUUGGGCAAUUCGUCAAAAUCGGCACUCGAAAAUAAAUUGUCUCGCGUUGAGAAGAACUCGGGAAUACAAUAUGGAGGUUAUGAUGAACAGAACGAAACCGCUCCAUUAGAACGAAAAACGAAAGGGAAAAAGAAUUUCACCUCUCAACCAGUUCAGGUAAAAGGACACGAAGAUGAAAUACCUAAAACCUCUGGGUGCUGUCCACGGUGGAUAAACAAAGCUCCGUUGUGGCUGAAACUAAUUAUCAUCUCCAGUUUAGCUUUGAUAAUUGGUGCUGCUGUAUUGAUUGUCGUGGGUUUAAAACUAUCGACUGYACCGUCAUCUCUAGUUGAAAGUGAGAGUUCCUCAGGCACCACAAGCCCUCCAGUUUACGUUUCACUCGAGACAGAAGCACCAGAGCAGUAUCAAAUUCCCACUACGUUGAAUCCAAUCCRUGUGCCAUCCACUCCCCCAACCAAAGCAGUUGUUGCGAACGCGGAGCCAUCGUCAAAUACUCCAGUAGUUCUCGACGUUUCUACCACCUCCCCGACCUCAGCUCCCACAACCGCACCUUCGAAUGCUGUAACACAAUCCCCUACUCUAUCUACCAUCAACUUUUAUAUCAUGGGUGGUCGAUUUGAUGGUGAUGACGGCAAAAUCCUCGUUAAUGGCUUAAAGACCCUUCCAAAUAUGGAUGGCAAUACWGUACUUUUCCAUCUUGGAGAUUUUAACUCACCCUAUGCAACAUCGUGUGUCGAAAACUCCUUCGUCAACAACGUCAAUAAUUAUCAGCAAUCUUCAGUUCCGGUCUACUUUGUCCCUGGCGAUAAUGAAUACAAUGGUACGUUUUGCUUUGUUUUUGUGACUUGGCUYGUACAGAAUUUCUUAACAUUGGUAUGAACUAACUUUCCAUCGACUGGGAUGAUAAUAAAAAAUAGAUUGUCCAAAUCCAACAGAAGCAUUGGGWUUUUGGAAGCAAUACUUAUUGGACUUUGAAUCGAAACACUGGUCGAAGCCCUCUUGGGAAGUUCAACGCCAAACUCCAGAUUACAGUGAAAACUUUGCAUUUUUACAGAGGGAAGUACUAUUUGUCGGGAUCAAUUUGGUGGGAGGGAUUGUUCAUAACAGUGAAGAAUGGAAUGCUCGUCAUGAAGCAGAUCUCCAAUGGAUCCAAUCAAGGGCUGCCAACUUCUACGGCAAUUAUACAACCAUGGUAGUAUUAGCACAUGCUGAUCCAGAUAUUGUGAUCAACGACUACUUUUUCAGAGGUUUCUAUUCGAUGGUCGAAAGUCUCGAAGAGCGAGUAAUUUUUCUCCACCGCAACUUAGGAGUCGAUACUUGGAACAGUGAAGCAGGCUAUAAUGGGAUACCAAACUUAGACGUGGUGGCUGUUGAGGGAUCUACAUGGCCUCCGAUGUGGAUGCAGAUUGAUCCAAUAAGUGGAUCAUAUAACAUUGAUCAAUUUUCAUGGCAUAGUGAAUAUAUCACUACUGGAAAGUUGAACCAAUAUCCAUGAGCCACUAUCAUUGAUCCGCUGGAAGUUUGUUUUCACUAAUAAAAGAGAUUCUAUUCA